AUGGCGACCGGCGGCCAUAUGCAUAAUUUAACCACCCUCAUUAAGCGGCUGGAGGCCGCAACCUCCCGUCUGGAGGAUAUGGCCUUGGGGCUGGACGAUCCCACAUCGCCCAAGACCAUCGCUGCCCAAGCCGCGCCGCAAUCCCUCCCCACCCAGCAUACACCGCCGCCCCCUCCGCCGCCCGCUCCUCUCCCCGCCGCCCCUGCUGAGCCCGCCACUGCCGCGGUCCCUCCCCAGAUCCAGGACUUCGACGCAUUGAUCCACGAUGAGGUCGGGAACUACGUCGCGCUGGGAGAAAAGAUUGGGGGCUUGGUGGAGGAACAGUCCAAAGCCGUGUUGCGCGCUUUCCAGGCCGAACGGACGUACCUCUUCUUUGCGACCAAGGCCAAGAAGCCCACCGUGCAGCCCACGGAGCUCAUGACGGAGCUCCACAAUGCCUCCGACGCCAUCAACAAUGUCCGCGAGUCCAACCGGGCAUCGCCCCUUUUCGACCAUCUGAGCGCCGUCUCCGAAGGCAUUGUGGGCCUGGGUUGGUUCUUCGAAUACAAGCCCGCCGACUUCGUCAGCGAGAUCGUCGGUGCCAUCCAAUACUACGGAAACAAAGUCCUGAAGGAAUACAAGGAGAAGGACCGCACCCAUGUGCAAUAUAUUCAAGCUUACUACCAGAUCUUCAAGUCGCUCGCCGCUUACCUGCGCAAGCACUACCCCCAGGGUCUGACGUGGAAUGACCAGAACGGGUUGGACACACAGGAUGCUUUGCGUGAGGUGAAGGCAGCCGGUACCGGCGCUGGCGCUGGCGGCGCGGCCCCGCCGCCUCCUCCCCCUCCUCCCGUCCCGCAGCUGAACGUGCCCGCCGGAGGCGCUCCGCCACCACCCCCUCCCCCGGGCGUCCCCCCGCCGCCCGCCGCCUCUUCGGGGCCGGACAUGGCCGCCGUGUUCGACCAGCUGAACCAGGGAGACGCCGUCACGGCGGGUCUCCGCAAGGUCGACAAGUCGCAGAUGACACACAAGAACCCCAACCUGCGCGCGAGCUCGCUGGUGCCCGCGUCGGAGGCGUCAAGCAGCGCGGCCCGCUCGCGCUCCCCGGCGCCCGACAAGAAGCCCAAGCCGCAGAGCAUGCGCGGCCGCAAGCCGCCCCGCAAGGACCUCGAGGGCACCAAGUGGCUCGUGGAGAAUUUCGACGGGCCCCUCUCGCCCGGCGAGAUCGUCGAGAUCCCCGCGCAGCAGAACCACUCCAUCCUCAUCUCGCGCUGCAACAACAUCAUCAUCAAGGUCUCCAGCAAGGCCAACGCCAUCUCCAUCGACAACUGCACGGGGCUCUCCCUCAUCGUGGACUCCCUCGUCAGCAGCCUCGACAUCAUCAAGUGCCCCAAGUUCGCGCUCCAGAUCGACGGCGUUGUCCCCACCCUUUUGCUCGACCAGGUCGACGGCGCCGUCGUCUACCUCGGCCACCAGAGCCUGAACACAGAGGUCUUCUCUAGCAAAUGCUCCGCUAUCAACGUCAUGCUCCCUCCCAAGGAGGGCACCGACGACGACACCAAGGAGUGUCCGCUCCCGGAACAGAUCAAGACCUACGUCAAGGACGGCGUUCUCGUCAGCGAGAUCGUCGAACACGCUGGCUGA